UGACACCACUCAUGUUAAUAGAGGACCACAACCUGAGGUGUUAAAAUUACACCAAAUAGAUUGAACAUAGCACCAAAGAGUGUGAAAAAAAGGGUCAUGCAAUCGUAGAGUGCGGACGUGUUCAAUUUCAGCUGUCAAUUCUUAGUUAUGUGAGAGGUAAAAUCUCGAUCUUUCGCACCAAGACAUGAGUAAAGAACGUUCUUACAACCUACGAUCUAAUCCUACAAAGUCGACCAAAAAUCUGAAAAAAAGUGGAUAAAAUGGCUUCACAGUCUAACAUUUCUGUAUCGGGAAAAGCCCAACCUUCGCCAGCCCGAAGCAACCCAUUCCAAUUUCCUGAAGGUACUCACGCGAGCGGAGACGCCAGCAGCGAUCACGUGACUUCACCAGCCGCCAACGCCCAAGGCGCCCCUUCUAACGCUAGUACAGCAGAUGGGUCUAAUGUUAGCUGAAAUGAAGCAAAUGUUUGCACAACUUUCUCAAGAAAUGAACACAAGAUUUGAUUCUAUGGGGAGUGAUAUCCAUAUGAUCAAAGUGGAGUUAACCCAAACUAGAAGGGCAAUCCAGGAUCUGGAGACCACUGUGAGUUUUAAUUCGGAUAGAAUUAAGGUGUUGGAGAAGGAUACUAUUCCUCAUAUUCGAGGGGAAAUUGAUCGCAAAACGGCGGAUUUGGAAGAGAAAAUUAUCCUACUUGAACUUCAUCAGAGGAAGCAGAACUUGCUUGUUUAUGGUGUACCAGAAAACCAAAAGGAAAAUGUCUACUCAACUGUACAUGGGUAUCAUCGCUCACUUUCUUAAAGUGUCAUCGGCUGUAGCUACCAAGACGCAGUUAGUAAAUGCACACCGACUACCGGCCCCUAAACAAGCAACAGGAGCACAUCGACCCUUGAUCAUCAGAUUUGCCAACAUGGCUGACCGUGAUAGUCUACUUAAUGCUUUUGAGCAAGUAAAUCGUCAGCGCCGCAAUGAUAUUCCCGGUCAGCAUCAUCGUCAACAACAAGCCACGCAGCCCCAACAACAACCCACGGAACCCUAGCAAGCAACGCCAGUCACCUGCUUUGAUCGCGUCACCAUUCGCUCCAACUUGCCACCUGUAAUGAAACGGGAACGAGGCCGACUAGCAUCUAUUGCCUUUAAAAUUCGUAAUGAGAAGAAGCUUUCGACCAGAAUCCGCGUAAACGGCACCAAAGUAUUUCUGCAAACUCGCCGACCAGCACGCAACGGAUCACCGCAGUCAAAUUGGGUCAACUGGUCUGACAACGCCUGAUCACAACAUCAUUGAUCACCAACAGUUUGUGACCUCUGCAACUUGUUCACCAAUAGACAUGUAGUGCAACUGUUUACCCCUAUCCACGUUAUCCAUUGAUUUCGGAAAGUAAUCAACCACCAUUCCUAUCACCAACACCAAGACGCAUGAUCAAAAGCCUCUGUUGGAUGACAAAUCGUAUAAAGGUACCAAGGCGCUCAUCGAGGCAUCUCCCCUUCCAGAAAUGGUGCGAGUUGUGGAUGCCGAAUAUUCUCCGGAUCCUAUGGCCGAACAGGAUUCUGGUGAUGUCAUCAGAGUACGCCGUGUGGAGUUCCAAGAUCACCCAGAAAGGGGACGAGAGAGGGUUCUGGUAGGUACCGACAUGCGAGGCGAAGAGGUACGUUUCCCAGAGGCAAUGGACAUGGCUUCCUAUACCACCAUGAUCUCUCAAGAUCUUGUACCUCUUUCAGAGUUGGCCAAAUAUGACACACCUCAGCGAGUUCGAAUGCCAGAGGCUACUACACACGACACUGACGAACCAAAGCGGAAUAAGAACAAGGAGAAGAUGAUGAAGAUUCACCGGUUUUAUACUGAUUAUCACGUGAUUGCAGCUCGGGCAAUUGACGACGAUCUUCUAUCGAUACCGAUCAAUUCCAGUAUCGCAUUCGAUGUGACUAGCCCCACAAUGGAUGAUAUUGCUAUGAUCCUUCCCGCCGUUUUCAAGCGAACGAAUUCAACCUGGUGCGUGAGUGACAUUACGCAACCAAGGAUGCCAGAGCCCCUGCGUGCUGUACCCCGACCCAUUGAUGGCGUCUUUGAGGAAUGGGCCAAGAGUUACGAAGGAAAAAUGAAGAUAAACCAAGCAUAUGAAGUCAACAUCAAUGGCAUGAAGAAAAAGAUCGAGGAAAGAGACAGUGAGAUCAGACGGUUGAAGCGGCAAAUACCAAAACCCGGACCACCAUUGGCUAGUCAUCGGGUAUCUUUACCAGCAGGCGUUGUACCUCCUAGACCCCCAAGAGAAUACUACACGCUGCAGCCACCAGUUAGGGAAAAUGUUACCACUGCUGCAUCUUCCACAAAACCACUAAAACCUAUGCCUCUUCCUAAACCGAGCACCAAAUCUAACCCAUAUGACCAAAUUCCGAUCAAGCCGUUACAACCUGCUGGAGAUGAAAAAAACAGGAAGGUGCAGGCUACCAUCCAAGAACUCAAGAGCCGGACAGUACAACCUUCCGAAGAUGAGGAACAGAAAAAGUUACAAGCCACCAUCCAAGAACUGAAGAAUGACCUCUUUGAGAAAGAAUCGAAAAUAUUUGAGCUCUUGGCCGCAGAAGAAAUACAAAAGGAACGAUAUGAGACACUUCGGAAAGAGAGGGAUGAACUGAUCACAGCACAGGCAACUGAUCGUCAACAGAUUCUACAACUUCAGAGUAUGAUAGAUCACAUGCAGAAUGUACAGGAAGGUGGGAUCUAUGAAGAACUCGAAGAUGUGGUGCAUUCAUCCAACUAUGCAACGCCUUACUCGGGAAAGAAGGUCGACAAAAAGAUGACAGUACAAGAUGUUGGCGAUUUCCUGCGACACAUAGGUCUCUCUGACUAUGUGAAAACAUUCUCCAGGGAACAGAUAGAUGGUUUGAUGCUUCAACAUCUGGAUGAAGAUAUCAUGAUAGGUGAUCUUGAGAUGAGAAAGCUUGAUGCUCGUCGACUUUUCACAAAGAUGAAACAACUCAGAUAGGGCUGUCUUAUGCUUUAACAAGCCAGAUGUGCAGCUGCUUCUUUGGUUUAAUGAUUCCUAUGGGGUGCCAAAUGGCAAUCUGGAAAAGAACACAAGUCCACAAAGUGUGUCCCCAGUGUUUCACAGUGUGUUAACAUUGUGUCCACAGUGUUUCAGUGUUUUACAGUGCAUUCACGUAUAUGUGAUUCACACUGUCAAAAUGCUCAAAUCUAACAGUGUGCAGGUAAGACUGUACCCCCAUCUCGACAGUGUCAGUGUUCACAUAAUUUUUACAUAAAUUAUGUGAAGAUGUUCUUCACUCAAAUGAAAAUGUCAAGAUCAUGGCCCACCGGGGGGGGGUGUUGCGUGUGUUAUUCACCAUAGGCAGCACACCCUGGAGAUCAAGAAGGAAUUCUAACAAAUAGAAAUUGAGCCAAAAUUGCCUUUAUUUUGUAGUGAAAAUCUUUUUUUUUUUGCUUGUCGAUUUUUUUCUUCAAAACCAGCACCCUCUAUUCAAAAAUCGUUCCCAUGUGUAAAUCGUUCCCUUGUGUAAAAGUGAUUUCACUUUGUGUUUCAACCUGCGAACACGCUGUGGUAUAUACCCUGUGACACUGUGUUUAAAGUAGAGUGUGAUGUUGAAAUUCAUUUAAAAAAAUAAAACAGCUAGUUUAUCCAAAAUUUUGGUUAUCACUUGGGGGUCUUACAGGGUCAUUUGCACAAUAUUAAACUGACUUUCAUCUAAGACUGCAUCCUAGGGUUUCCCUGGAAAUUUUAUUUAUUCAGCAGGGGCCGUUGAACCGGGGGGGGGGGGCUGGGGGCUUCAGUCCGUGUUCAGCUUUUGGCUCACCCCCCCCCACUUAAAGAGUAAUUUGAAGGAUGGAAUGAAAUACAAUUUUAUGUAGAUUUAUGAAUUGAACUUGUAUAUAACUUGUAAGAAAGUGCUGGCGCUCAUUUUACUUAAGUCUGUGACUUCAAUUUUGUAAAUAUGCAAUUAGAUUAUCUGAUUAUGUGAAGCGUUUUUCUGAUGAAAAUAGUAAGUUAUACAGGUCGUCUUCUGAAUGAAUGGAUCGUUUUUUGCGCAAAAAGCACCUCUCCUUUCAUGAAAAGCACUGUAUAUCACAUGACUUUGCAAUGAUGUACUUAGCGUUAUCUACUCUCUUCGUUACAUGGAGUCAUACCAAAACGAGGCACGAGAAAAUAUACUGACGAGGUUAAUCUUCUUAUAUUAGCAGAGAUAGUACGUCAGUUUCAUGUAUUUUUUCUUUAAAAAAUGGCAAAAAGUCAUUAUUGAUAGUUGGUUUUUAUAAUAAUAUUAUGUCCCUCACUCAGAAAGAUGACCUCUCCUUUUUGAACAGUAGAUAUACAAUUUUUAUUGUCAUAUUUUAUUGAUAAUGGUAUACAACACGUUAUUCUAUUAGAAAAAUCGCAUUUUUAUUGUACGUUUUUUUUGCUCUUUUUAUUUUUAUGAUAAUAAUAAAUAUAGGAUAUUUAUAUUGCGCACAUAUC